AUGGGUAGAAAAUUGGAUGAAUUUAAUGGUAGAUUUGGAUUCAAUGAUGCGUGUUACGAUAUCAAGUACAGGAAUGGACGAAUACUCUGUGCUGGAACAUACAAACCAAGCAUCAAGAUGUACGAUGUUGAGCACCAGAACAUUGUGGUAGAGAGACACUGUGCUGAGGAAAUCAUAAAAUGUGAAUUUGUUACAGAUGAAAGAAAUUGUGCCUUAAGAAGAGACAGAAUGGUGGAAUUCUACACAAAGGCGGGUUUAUUGGAAAAAAUCAAGUUCAAGAACGAGUGUUACGACAUCAAGGCAGUUGAGGGGCUGCUGUAUGUUGCAGGAGAUAAAAUAGGGCAAUUUGACAUGGUGAAGGGUGAAUUUGCUGAUUCAAUUGACUGUAAGGCGUAUGAAGUUACAGUUGAUGGAGGGGUGAUUGGUGUUAGGAAUCACAGGGGACUGACUUUCUACGAUUCAAGGACGAAUGAAAGGAUAAAAAGCAUUGAACAAGAAGUGGUUGCAUUUGACACCUGUGGAAACAGUGUGGUCUAUUCUGAUGAGAGAGACGUGUUUGAGUUGGAUAGGCGCAAUUGGAACAGCAGUAAGGUCUCUGUUGAUUUCUCAGAUGCGACUGUAAAACACAUCAAAUGCAUUGAUCCAAACAAUCGAAUUUAUGGUGGAAACAGUACAAUAUUGUUUAGUAGAACCAAUCAAAACGAGGAUGUUGGAUUCAUCAUAAACAGAAUCUGUUUGGGUCAAUGCAGACUGUUUGUUGGUGGAGAAAGUGAGCAGAUUUCUGUUUACGACCUGGAUUAA